AUGGCGCCGCACUACCAGGCCGAAAUUCUCCCUCUGCCAAUUGGAAUUCCGACGGAUUUAGAUUCUUUCUGCACUUCUGUCCGCCGGGCCCUCAGCAGCUUGCGCCUACGCUUCAUGGCCGACCUAGUACCUACUGUUCCACAGAUUAAUCCUGAGUUUGCUUCGCUGAUUGUAGUUCCCCGGUGGCUUAAUGCGGCAGGCAAACAGGUGGUAGUCUUCGAUGAUUUUGAAGAUGAAGAUACCAAUUCCCCGGCCGAAUUCUGCUGGGUUCGCGUAAUUAUCCUCAAGUUCCUAUUUAUCCCAGAACAGGUUUUGGUUGCCAUGGACCUACCGGCCACUCCUCCAGAAGCUGCUGAAGCCAUCCAGGGGGCACGCGACAGAUCCCUUGCCCAGGACUUUCCCCAUCUGCUAGCUGCUGCCCCACAGCCGAGGGCAGAUGCAUGUGUGUACCUGGCCAAUCCUUCUUGGUACGGUUUUGAUAUGAUAGCAUGCGUUGACCUCACACGUGUUGAUGGCCGAAUGUUUGCUACACGCGUGCCAGAAUACGCAGAUCGGAGUGCUGUCUUGACACAUGUGGACCUGGCACCGAACUCUAAUGUAGAGGUCAUUGCAGGUUUCCUUGACGCACCGCUCCUGGAUGGCAUUCCUUUGCAUCUUUUCCCAGGGAUUACCUUGCGUUUUUUCUUUACUGGAGAUCCACCAGGCCCGGCACUUGCAAUUGGGCACACCCUCCAGUCGAGUUCCAUUCGCGACAAUGGUGAUGUGGACAUGACGCCAGCCCCUGAGCGAUAUUACUGCCUUGUACUCCGCUACGGUUUCCGUCUCUUCAGGGCUGAUGACCUGCGUCCUUUGAGCUACCGCGACCUUGCUGCUGCCAUAGGGACUGCACUUGUAGUUGUCCCUGACGAGUUCACGAGUGACAAUUUUGGUUUCAUCGUAGAUGGCCGGGCCAUACUGCAGGGUUUUACGUGCUUCAAGGCGGACAUUAGCCCCAUUCCGGUCCUUCUAGCCCGGUACAUCCUGACAGAAGAGGCAGAGUGGAACGAAGCCAAUACUGAUUACUCACCGGAGUUCUAUGAAGUUGCAGUAUCUUUGCCCACGCCAGCUGCCGAAUUUGUUGAACAUGUCCUUGAGGGACGUGCCAACUGCAGGAGUGAGAUUGCCCCAUUUCCCUGCGUUGUCAGACCACAGCCAGAUACGGCUUUUGCAAGCCUCUUGAUGCUCCCAUCAUGGCCCAUAGAGGACUGCAUCAUAUUAGUUGAUGGGAGGAGCGUGGAUGGCCGCCUCUUCGCCCUCCGCACAGCACCACUUGUAGACAGGAGAUCGCUGCUUAUUGCCGCUGCCUACGAUCCAGGGCAGACCUCCCUGAUCUAUAUCAGGGAUUCACCCUGGCCCAUGAGAGACGAUUCUGUGUCUCCUCUCUACACUGGCGACCUUGUUGUCGUUCGCCGACUUGAAGGUUCUGUCCCAGCCACCGGAUAUUUGUCAGAAAUGCUGCAAUCGCCGGAUCUGUGGGACUCUGCUGCGAUCCCGCAGGGACCUUGCCAGGCAUUUACCCUUGUGCUGGAUGACGCAGAACCUUUGUUGUUUGAAUGCCAGACCGUGUCAACAGAUGAUUCUGCAUCCCAGGCCUCUCUUGAUUCAAUUGACCAAAGAGUUGCUGCGAGCUUGGGGACAGACGAGUCUGAGAUCACCCUCUUCGCUCCUUGCCCGGACAUUGAAGAUCAUUGGGAGAGAGGGCGUCCGGUUCAUCAGGUCUAUCUGGUCGUGCGACACCCUGGAAGCCAGUAUGCCGUCAGAAGCACCUUCCCGUGUGUGAUUGAUGCCAGACCGAUCCUCAUGGGGUUUCUCACCAUUGAUGCUACCAAUCGGGCCAUUGACCUGCAUGCUCUCACUGGUCGGCUUGCCGGCUAUUGCCCGGUUGGUUUUAAUGUCCUCGUGCAAGGUGGGGACCCUGGCAUCGCCCUGCCCGCCGGUUUUAGAGAAGUAAGCAUAGGAACAGUCAUGUCUGUCCACUUCUCAGAGGCUGCCUCCGAACCGAGCCCAGCCUAUGCUGAUCUCCUGGGAUCCCCUGUGGCAGUAACGUCUGCCCCCCAGGACGAUCGUACAACGACAGAAUUCCGGGCUAGUCCUUUCCCCGCCGUCCUUUUUUCACAUGAUCGUCUUGGAAGUGACAGCACUUGCAGCUUCCAUGGCCACUUCCGCUGCUGGAGAAGAGGACGACGAUAUGGGCAUGAGCGGACACCCCUGCACACUUGCCUUAUCCUGGCCAGCAUCCUCUCCCCUGUAGGCAGCCCCUGGCUGUCGCAGCCGAGCACCAUGGUGCUCUGCCCCAACGAGCAGACCUCUGACCGAUGGGGGCAGGAUGCCGACACCACUGCUUCGAGACCUGUUGACGUGCGAGUUGGCUUGCAGCGGAUCUUCUGUACCAUCCUCCCCUACUGGAUAUCCAGAGAGGCCUUUCUCCACAGCAUGGGCAUUCCGGGGGACAGACAGUGCUUUGUGUUCCUCAGAGACAUUCCGUGGCCCUUGCAACGGGAAGCCUACUUGUUUCCCCAGCCAGGGGAUCUGGUCACCAUCACCGAACAUAACGAGGACCUCCGAUAUCGUCUUGAGCUUGCACAGAUGUUGGAGCCCGCCCAUCAUUGGGACCUCUCGGCUGAGCUCCCCGGAGAUGAGGGGGACCUCAACUGGGUCUUGUCUGAUGGCAACUACACUGCGCUUCCCAUCCCAGGGGACAGCUUUGCACUUAACAGCGCCCACACUGCGGCAGCUCUUGGUCUAGAAGCUGGUCGAUUUAUCCUCGUGCCAGCUGUCCCAGUCAUUUCAGAUCAUGCACGCCUCGGUCGUCGUUCACAGCGAGCGCUCUCCGCCUGUCCCGUUGAGGAUCCCUUGUUUGAGACAGAAGGACAAAGAGUUCCCUAUGUUCUCGACCAGAGACCAGUGCUUCUGCCAAUGCACCUCGCUUAUGCCACUAGAGGUAACCACUACCGACAGGUUGAGCCUGGCGACGUGGUCACACUUGAAUUUCAUCCGGACUACAUUAGAGAUGCCUUCUCUGAGCUGCGCACCGACACUUACACACCGGACCCGGGACAGCCCAAGGGUUCUGCUCGACCUGCCGGUGCAAGCACGAGCACAGGCGGCUUGAGCGGAGAUGGGGACACCGGAGGCGGAGAACAGUUGAGACCUCUUCCACCAGCUCUGGUCCUCUGGCAGCAGCUGCUCCUGGCGUGCCCUCUGCUCAUUGGGAGCUUUGCCACGGCACUGUCUCUCUUGAUGUGGGAUUGCACAAUGGACAUGCUUACAUUCAUGAUCCAGAUAAGCGAGAGCCUGCAGGCUCCCCUGCCGACCCUCACCCUUGAGAUUGGCAGAUGUUGUACACUGCUGGAGGAGUGUGUUUCAGAUCCAGCCUGCCAGGCCUUCUGGCUUGCUGCUACUCUCCUCGAAACUAUAGAGGAACAUCUCGGAGGUUUCGGUGCUCAAACUCCUGCACGAGAGAUCCGUGUUUCGGAGAAGCCAUCCGGCAGGGUCAAGGUCCGGCUUGCGGAACACCUGCCUUCCAGCAUCUCCGUUGACCUGUCCCAUGUCACCAUGCCUCUCCGACAGACCACCGACCAGGUUAUCCAGUGGACACUUCGGGGUGCUGGGAACUUGGUCGAGACCUGCCUGUUGGUCUCAGUGUACACCCAGCUGCACAGGCCCUACUUGACAGCUGCCACAACGAAAGGCCACCUUCCUAUCAAGGCAUAUCGAUCUUUACUGAUGGGUCCUUCCACAACGGAACCUUUGGAUGGACAUUGGUUGACCAUCUUGCGCCUCUGUGCCGUGCUGCAUUCCAGGCUUUGGCCGUUGCUCGACCCUCUUGGGACUCCUCUAUCCAACAUGUCCGGUCCCAUCAGGGUUGCCCAGCCAAUGAACUCGCUGAUGCUCUGGCUAAGUAUGCGUGCCGGGAACAUCAGACAAGCCGGUGCGACCAUCAGCUUUGGGCUGCUGCUGCGAUACGCAGUGGUACACUGCCGUGGCUUUGUGUCCAGCUCGAGGCUAUUAGAGAGCCUGAUUGCUGGCCACAACAAGUCGGCAGCACAUUUGUUGACACACACCGUCAUACCGCCUCAACUCCCCUUCGCCCACAUGAUUGCUACCGUGUCCUUGGACUACGAGCACAAGAGGCCGAAGAAGCGGGUCUACAGCCUAUCCAUAUCUCCUUGCGUCUUCUUUCUGUCAAUGUUCAAUCACUCACCGACCCGGAUGAAGCCAAGUCCGCUCCCGUCCAGGCACUACCUGGCCAUUGAGGAGCAUUUGAGCCAGGUACCCGACUUGCCGAAGCCCUUGCUGCACUGCGCUGUUGGAAGGAGGCUCCGAGAUCUGGUCGGGGAUCUACAGACCACAAAGCGCAGUCUCCGGCGGUCUAUCCGUGAUGAUAUUUCGGUAAGGAUCCGAGAGACUGCUGCUGCUGCUGCCGCAUCGCUGCCCUGUGCAGACGUUGUCUCCCGUCUGCGACCACUUCUAGGCCCGCCGAAGAGGAAGGUCAAACAGCGACGUGCGCUGCAGUCUGUGUGCCACCCUGACGGCAGCCCUGCUCAGACCGCUUCUGAAGUUGAGAGUAUCUGGAUCGAGCACUUUGGCAACAUAGAAGAUGGGACUAAGGUUGAUCCUGUCGCAUUUGUGCACGGUGUUCAGCAUGCACAGAGCUGUAGGGACCUGGAGUCCUACUCGCUUGGAGCCUCCGAUGUGCCAUCCAGGUUAGAACUCGAGCAAGCGUUCCGGCAGACACAGACGGGCAAGGCAGUUGGCCUUGAUGGGAUACCGGGCGAACUUUUGCAUUUCGCUGCUGCGUCGGCAUCCAGGCGGUGCGUUACACGCGGUGUGGAAAGGACCCGCGCAGUCCCUGCUCUGCGGGCCAUCGCCACCGACAUGCAAAUCGGAGGUUUGCCCGCCUUUCCUGUUGUGCUGGCUUCCCACUUCGUGCGACUCUUUCAGUCGGGGUCUCGUAGCCGUGCCUCCAGCCAUGGACUUUUGUUCCUGGAUUUGAGGGAGGCAUUCUACCGGGUUAUUAGACCGCUCUUAGUUGGGACCUCCUGUCACGAUGAGCAAGUCGCUGCCGCUGUUCGAGCCGUGAAACUCCCGCCGGGGGUGAUGCAUGAGCUUUAUGCACACCUCCAGACCACGUCCGCUGCCAAGGAGGCGGGAGCCACCGACUGGGCGGACCAGGCCAUUACAGAGGCCCUCACUGGGACGUGGUUCCGCUUCCAGAGCGGACAGCAGGUCGUCCAAACCUCCGUCGGUUCGCGCCCAGGUGAUAAUCUCGCGGACAUUUGCUUCUCGUUUAUUUUCGCAAAAGUCCUUCGGUCCAUUCAGCGCGACCUCUGCGCACAGGAACUUGUGCCGGAACUCCCCUGGGAGCCGGCGAUGGUAGGACAGGUCUUCCCGGUUACCACUUCAGGGGAAGUCAAGGUCCCUGCCCUUGACGCGACCUGGAUGGAUGACUCCACCUUCCUGGUUUCAACCUCAUCAGCAGCCGCACUCCCGCAUGCCCUGGCGAUUACGGGUGC